GAGAGGAGGAUAAAAGGAGAGAUGGAGAUGGGCUCUUGUUGGGCUGUUCACCAACACCAAGUACUUGUUUAAGCAGACAAAAAGAAGUGUUUGGAUAAAGGGGUGUGGAGAGAAUCAAAAGCAAAGGUGUCUGCUUCUGCUUCUGCUUCUUCUGCUAGCUUCUCUCAAAACACAAUCUUUCAUACAUCUUUUGCAAAUACCUCCCUUCCCUCCUUUCUUCCCACUACCCUUCUUGGGAGAAGAAUGGAAGGAAAAGAAAACAGUACAUCUGCAACAAAUCAAAACAAACAAAGGUUCAAAAGAAUUUGUGUCUUCUGUGGUAGCAGACCUGGAUACAAGUCUGCAUUCAGUGAAGCCGCUCUUCAGCUUGGUAAUCUUCUGGUUGAGAGAAAGAUUGAUUUGGUAUAUGGUGGAGGAAGUGUAGGCCUAAUGGGUUUAAUCUCUCAGACUGUUUUCAAUGGAGGUUGCCAUGUUCUUGGAGUAAUUCCUAGAGCUCUUUUGCCACAUGAGAUAUCAGGAGAAACCAUAGGAGAAGUGAAGACAGUUGCAGACAUGCACCAAAGGAAGUCAGAAAUGGCGAAAAAUGCAGACGCUUUCAUUGCACUUCCGGGUCUGUAUAUCACCAUAUUCUCCCUUUCACUCAAGUAUGCAUACAUGUCCCUAAUUGUUUAUAUUCUAAUCAAAGUUCUAAACUGUGUCUUAGGUGGUUAUGGAACCAUGGAAGAACUAUUAGAAAUGAUAACCUGGUCACAGCUAGGAAUUCAUGAAAAACCAGUGGGAUUAUUGAAUGUAGAUGGGUAUUAUAACAGCUUGCUCACCCUAUUUGACAAAGGAGUAGAGGAGGGUUUCAUAGAAGAUUCAGCAAGGAAUAUCAUGAUUUCAGCAACCACGGCAGAAGAACUCAUCAAGAAAAUGGAGGAGUAUGCACCAGUCCAUGACAGGGUUGCACCAAGACAAACCUGGGAAGUGGACCAAUUAUUAUGAUGAGGCUUCUCAAAGAUCUUAAAAAUCUCAAUCACCCAUCUCUCUGUAUAUAUAGAACACGUAUAUAUAAGAUAUAUAUAUUGGUGUAGUUCCAUUUUAAUCAAAAGAAAGGGACACCAAAAGAUAGUCAUAUCUCUCUCCCAAGUGGGAAACCCUUGAGAUCCCAAAAAUCUUGAGCACCCCAUUUGUAUAUUCAUGAUUGACGACAUGCAGUAGUUGCAGUUUCCAUUUAGAAUUGAAAAAUAAGUCUUGUGUAGGUGUGUAUCUGUAUGUGGGUGUGUGGGGUUUUGGCCAUUGACAAUCUCAAAAGAGCAUCAAUGGUGAAUUGGGACAAGUGGGGGUGAGGAGAAAAGACUAGAGAGAAGGAAAAUGAUGAAGAAUAGGGAUGUUCUUUUUGUGGGUUUGUGCGUGUGGGUACGUGUGUCUCUGUGGAUUAAGGUUGUGGGCACUUGCUUUUCAAUUUUAUUUAUUUUUAUUUUUUUUAGAUGGUGUGUGGUGGGGUUGAGAUUGUGAUGUGUGGAUGGAAAGUAGGGCUUUUGGAUUUUGGGGUGUUUGUUCACUGAGCCACUGCGGGCUUGGGUCCCACUCCAUAAUUGAAACUUUGUUGCUUACUACCUUGUCAA